AUGGCAACCUCAUCAACAACUCCGAUCCCUCAGGCCGGAAAGCUUCUGAGCGUGGUGCCCGUAGGUCUGAAAGAAGCGGCGCUUGACUCCCCUACCUUCCGUGCAACUACCCAGCACUUCUGUGACCAGAUCGACUUUAUCGAGAAAUGGCUUGACGGAUACGCCAAAGCUUCGACCAAACUAUCCUCCGAGCUGACUGCUCUGGAAGGAGUCGUAGGAAGCUUUUUAUCUUAUUCCACACAUCCCCUUGUCGUCUCCGAAGCCGUUGUCGACCAUGAUUACACCUUGCUGGCAAUGCGAAGAUGCGGGGAGGGCUCUAAGGAUCUGUGGAAUGGGAUUGUCGCGACGAUCAAGAAGAUGGAGUCAAUGAUUGCCGAGCCUAUUCGCACCUUUAUUCAAGAGGAUCUUAGGAAUUUCAAGGAAAUUCGCCGAAAUCUCGACAGCGCCCAGAAACAGUAUGAUUUACUCUCAGCGCGGUAUGCGUCGCAGUCCAAAUCGAAAGAGAACUCGGCCCUGAGGGAGGAAGCGUUCCAGCUCCAUGAAGCCCGAAAGACCUACAUCCGCAUGUCAAUGGACUUCGCAGUCCAAUCUCCCCAACUUCGCAGUGCGCUUGACAGACUUCUUGUGCGUGUAUCAUUCGACCAAUGGAGGGAGUUCCGUGGGUUCCAUAAUAACAACAGCCAAACUUUCUCCAAAUGGUCGACUGAGAUGGAUCGUAUCAAGGGUUGGGUACAUGAGAUGGAAGCAAGUGACAGAUCCGCCAAAAGGGAGCUUUUCGCGGCCAGGAAGCAGAUUGAGGAGGCUGCGGAGCUGGCGGCGAGACCUUCUCGUGAACUAGAGGAUUAUUCUGUCUCUACUGUACCCUAUCUCGGUUCUCGUCCUAUUCCAACGCUCAACAUGGGCAAAGAUGCUAAGCCUGAAAAGCAAGGCUGGCUCUAUUUACGCAAACUCUCUGGAAAGCCUACCCGGUCCAUUUGGGUGAGGCGUUGGGCCUUCCUGAAGCAUGGUAUCUUUGGAUGUCUGGUCCAGGGUUCUCGGACUGGAGGUGUUGAAGAAACUGAACGAAUUGGUGUCCUCCUGUGCAGUGUCCGUCCUGCAUUCCAAGAGGAGCGACGGUUCUGUUUCCAGGUCAAAACCAAGAACAACAGCAUCAUUCUCCAAGCGGAAACACAAAAGGAGCUGAUGGAAUGGAUUGGUGCUUUUGAAGCGGCCAAGCAAAAGGCCUUGGAGGAUCCAGCUAGCACUGACCUCUCCAUCUCGGGAAAAAUGACCGUCCAUGACCCAGCAUUCGCCAUCUCCCAGCCACCCGCUCCUGAAUUUACAGCAGAACCAAGUGACUCAUUAAUACCUCCAAGCGAGGAACCGAAUGGGGACCGAAGCUCAGCACUACCAAUUCCUGAUCGGGAUAGCAGCACUUUUAGGGCCAGUACUGAUGGUGGUCGCCGACUGACCGGUGGAGACAGCGAGAGCUCUACCAGAGCGCACAUUAUUCAGAAGUUAGAUUUGCAUCGCAAGUCGAACAAUGCCCCCCCCAGCAUCUCCCUCCAUACCCGGACCUCGAGUCACAACAUCCUGCCCUACGGCGGAUCUGCAGCUGUGAAUACUAAAGAGGGCGAAGGCAGUAGAGGCCGAAGCUUAAGCACUUAUGACGAGCCUGGUGCCGAUCUUGCCCCUCCCACACUUGCUAAUCCACCGGCUGCUACUAGUAUGAGCAAAGCUGCGGUGGUUGUAAGUAGCGAAAGAGGGAUUGGCUUAGGCCUGGUGGACAGCACAGGAGGCAUGCCAAGUGGGAUGAUGGCAAACCUGUGGGGCAGCUCUAAUUGGGGAUUUAUCAACAAGCUUGCGACUGAAAAGAAGAUUGAAAGGGGCGACAAGGAUACCGAGAAAGAUCUGGCUACGCUACCGGCUAGUGAUCCAUCUAAAGACAUUGCUGCUCAACCAAUCCUCCCCACUCCACCUCAGGUGCAGCGACAAGUAUCAGGCCCACGCCAUAGGCAGACUGUUAGCCUUGAUGGCGACCAAGCGUCUAAGAUCCACCAGCAGAUUGCUAAGGAUCAAAGCUCCGAGCCCGCCGAGCCCGAUUAUCCUACGAUAUAUCCCCAACAAUUGCGGUAUCAAGAUGCUCAGUUUCGAUUACUUUGCCCAGAUGUUACGAGGGACGAAGCAUUGGUUCUUGUCUUCAGGGCAACGUGGACUCCCAAUGAUGUCCAAGAAUUUCCGGGCCGAGCCUAUGUCACCACUCGGAGCCUUUACUUCUACAGCAACCAUCUUGGCCUUGUGCUGACCACUAGCGUUUCUCUUCAUAACAUCAAAGAAGUCACAGCUGCUUCGGGAAGAGACUGUGAUUUUCUCUUCCUUCAUACCAUUCCGCCGCUGGGAAGCGACACUCCAGGACGAGUUACGAUGAAAAUCUUCCUGGAGCCCUUGAAGCUUCUCCAGAAACGCCUGGACUUCUUGAUCCAGCAAUCUAUAGCUGUCGAGCCCCUGGGCCUCGAGGCUCUACUGAAAGAGUUAAUCAAGAUGGAUAACGGAUCCUCGAACAGAGAUCCUAGUGCAGACAGCUGGGAAGAUAUCACACGCGAUGCGAAGAAUGAUCCACGACUUGCAACGACUGGAAAGGACUUUCGCGUUCCUAUCUAUAUCGACAAAGACCUCACUUUGGACGCUACUAAGACACGUGGUCGCGACAACCCAAGGUUCAGACUCCCCGCAAAACCGGUAGAAUAUAAACCUCAAGGAGAUCUGACCCUAGCUGCCGAGAAAAUUCUUGACAUCAGCCCCAAAGCAUUAUUCCACAUCCUCUUUGGCGAUAAAAGUGCAGUGUGGCAGCUUUUACUCCACGAGCGACAAGCAAAAGACAUCAAACAAAGUCCUUGGGUCAGCACAGAGGCUCGUCACCUUAGACGAGACCUCCAAUACAGUAUUUCAACAGAAGGUGUCUUGGGCCAACUACAAGACCAGUCGGUUGCAGACUAUCAGAUAGUCGAUGUACUGCAAGAUCACCUGCUGUAUGUGGUUACUGAUAAGCGGACUCCUUGGCAUCUCCCUUUUCGAAGAUCCUUCCGUCUUGUCAGUAAGGUUGCAAUUACGUUUGUCGGGAAAUCGAAGAGCAAACUUGCUAUCUACAGUAAGGUUGAAUGGCUCAAGACGCCAUUCGGUCUUCAAAGUAUGAUCGAUAAACGGGCAAGCAAGGAUUUGGAAGAGGAUGCUUUGGAUUUGGUCGACUUGGUCACUGACCAAGUGCGACGCCUUGGCGCUCACAGCCGUACAAAGAAAGCGAUCACUAUCUUUGGGCACGUUGGGCGCCAGAACCAAGUUUCUCAUUUCAAUGGCCUGGGGGGUGAUAAAACUGAGCCCCGCCGACCACGUACUCGCCAAACAAUGGUUCAAAUCCUUCUCGAGACAUGCACAUCUUUCAUGGAAGGUGUCAUUUCUUUCAUGAUGGCAUGGACGUUCGAUGCUAUGCGCUGGUCAUGGAAGACCGUGAGCGCGCACAGAAUCAUACUGCUGCUGUUGGUAUCGAGUGCUUUCAUGAAUGGAUUUUACUCCUCACGAGAUACAUGGGAUUGGUGGCACGAACGGCAUGCAGGCAAAUUCCUCGCUAGAUUGGGAGUUCAACCGAAUAUGAUGAUGAGCAAAGCUAUUUACAUUCGCGACAUCGACGAAGCAGUUGCAAAUACAACUCUCUGGCCAUCGGACGGAAACGCCAGUAGCUGUUUCGACGCAUUCCAAGAGAAUGCUCUCCGGUAUGCAGACAUGCCGCUAUCGCUCAGCACCUCUGGACCCAGGGACGCAGUGGCUAGAAGUGCGACAAAACGCUUCCAGCAGACUCGCGAACGACUCGGGACAUAUCGACACGACCUCCUGGUGGCGCUCCGCGUCGUGAAUAACAUCGAAAAGGAGGUGAUUCAAACCGAAUGGGAGCGAUGGCUUCGUGAAGAGCUUCGACGGUGUCGACAAGUGGAGAUCCUGCUCAGUGACCACCUAGCGGCACCAAGCCCCGAGGAGGAGGCCGGCCGAAUCUUCGCUGAAAACGCAGACCAUGUGAAGCAAUGGUAUGAACGAUAUUGCACUAGCUGUCUGCGGGAAGGCGAGCAUGCCAAGAGUAAUGGACAUGCCAACGUGCUUGGCUGA